AAUUAUGACCAGGGCGUGCACACCGUGCUUGUCGUGGAGAGGGAGCGCUUCUAUGGAGUUAAGAAGCGUCUGACGUCACUUUUGGAGCGACAGAUCACCGAGUUCCGCUACUGUUUCCCGUUCGGCCGACCGGAUGGAGCCCUGGAACGCACACUCAGCCUUCUAGAGCGGGUAUGUGUGUCUGAACCUACCAUUUCUACGGGUGGUUUUGAAAUGCAUUCAAUACGAGUAUAA